AUGCUGAAGGAGCUGAAGUCGUCGCUCCAGAGGGGACCGGUCCCUCCGUCGGGUUCUUCCGGGUGUACCCACGUACCCGGAUCCAAUGGGCCGGGUUGCCCGUCCUUGGUCAACCAGAUGAACUUCGCCGGAGCUCUCCACCAUCAACAUCACCACCAUUCUACAGUUUCUUCUUCCUAUCCAGUUGUCGUGAUUCCCUUCGGGUUGGCUGACCGGCGGCGGCAGCAAUGA